GGCUGCGCAGACAGCCGCCGCGCGGCUCGGAGGAAGGAGUGGGGCAGCCAAGGGCGGGAUGCGCGAGCUCCGGUCCCCUAGCUGCGUGUUGUGAGCCUUCUGGGAAUGUGAGCCACCUGAUCCGUGCGACCCAACCGUUUUGCAGGUGGGAAACAGACGCGGGGAGGCCCCUCUGCCAUGGCCAGUCGUGGGGCAGAUGAGCCGUCCUCCAAGUCAGGGAGUCCAGACGGGGAAGGCGGGGUCCCCGAGCACCGAUCGCUGCUCCGUCAGAGACUGGCCGUCAAGGAGCUCGUGGACACCGAGGCCACCUACUUGCACAUGCUCCGGCUCUGUGGCUCCGACAUCAGGAGCCGCCUCCAGCAGUUGCCGCAGGGAGAUCUGGACGUCCUGUUCUCAAACAUCGAUGAAAUCAUCAAGGUUAACGGCAGAUUUCUUCAUGCCUUGCAAGAGACAGCCUCCAAGGAAGAAGAACAAGUAUCCCUAAUUGGUAACUUAUUCCUGGAAUUCCAAGAGGAGUUGGAGCAGGUCUACAAGGUCUACUGUGCCGGCUACGAGCAGGCCUUGCAGCUGGUGGAGGCUUACCGGAAGGAGCCAGAGCUGCAGCGGGAGAUCCAGGGCAUCCUGGAGGCGGUGGUGCCACAAGCUGGAUCUUCAGGCCUCACUUUCUUACUGGUCACCCCUCUGCAGAGGAUCACCAAGUACCCACUGCUGCUGCAGAAAAUCCUGGAGAACACACCCCCUGAUGCCAGUGCCUACCCCAUCCUUGAGAGGGCCACCUCUGCCCUCCAGGACGUGAACGCCAACAUCAACGAGUACAAGAUGCGCAAGGAAGUGGCCUCCAAGUACACCAGGGUGGAGCACCUGAGCCUGCGGGAGCGGCUGGCCCGCAUCAACACGCACACCCUCUCCAAGAAGACCACCCGGCUGAGCCAGCUGCUGAAGCAGGAGGCGGGGCUGGUGCCCAGGACGGAAGACAAGGAAUUUGAUGACUUAGAAGAGAAGUUCCAGUGGGUGUCUCUGUGUGUGACUGAGCUGAGGAGCAACGUGGCUGCGUACCUGGACAAUCUGGAGGCUUUCCUCGGAUGCAGGCCGCACGAAUGCAACCUGGACAUCCCCGGGGGGCCGGUGGUGCAGUAUUGCCACCUGGCCAGGGACCUGCAGCUUGAGGCCUUCCUGAACUUUAAGCAGCGGCUGGAAGGCCUGGUGUGGCGGCCGCUGUGCAGCCUGGCCGGAGCCCUCGCCGGCCCCCGGAACCUCAUCAGGAAGCGUCUGGACAAGCUCCUGGACUUCGAGCAGGUGGAAGAGAAGCUGCUGGAGGUGGGCAGCGUGACCUACGAGGAGGAGGCCACCCGGCACACGUACCAGGCGCUCAACUCCCUGCUGGUGGCUGAGCUCCCGCAGUUUAACCAGCUGGUCAUGCGGUGGCUGGGCCAGGUCCUGCGCACGUUCGUGGCCCUGCAGAGGGACCUCGCAAAGCAGGUGCUGCAGAGGGCAGAGGGCAGCACGGCCCAGCUGCCCCACCACCAUUUCUCCGAGCCGGCCUUCAGGAAGCUGGUGGAGGACGCGCUAGGCCAGAGCAGUAACCAGCUCCGCUCCUUUCAAGAGACCUUCGAGAAAGUGCCGCCACCUCCCACCAUGCAGCCACGCCUUCCAGGGUCUGAACGCCAGGUGCAGGCUCUCCUGAGCAGCUAUGGCCCCGGGAAGCUGUAUCAGGUGACAAGCAACAUCAGUGGGGCUGGGACUCUGGACCUGACACUGCUGCGGGGCCAGAUCGUGGCCCUUCUUCAAAGCAAGGACACCAAAGGCAACAGCGGCCGCUGGCUGGUGGACACUGGGGGACAUCGGGGGUAUGUGUCGGCUGGGAAACUGCAGCCGUACCGCAUGGCCCCCAGUGAGGAGCUCAGAGGGCCAGCGAGGCCACACGAGGACUCCCGACGUCUAACACCAGAGCCCACGCCGGCCCCAGUGCCCUCUGUCCCCACCACGACCCAGGUGGUGGCAGCGUACGCCUUUGAGGCCAGAAGCAGCCAUGAAGUGAGCCUGCAGGCAGGCCAGCCGGUGAGCGUGCUGGAGGCGCAGGACAAGAAGGGGAACCCGGAGUGGAGCCUGGUGGAAGUGAACGGACAGAGGGGCUACGUGCCUUCUGGCUUCCUGGCCAGGGCCCCCAGCCCAGCUCCGUGGGGCUGGAGUCUGCCGUCUUAGGGGCCCUCCCUGCAGCCCGCAUUGCCGAGGGAUGGGGGCUCAGAGCCUGGGACCCCGGAGGGAGAAGAAGCAAAGAAAAGUGGUGGUGGGAGGGAAGAGUGGGCCAGGUGGGUGAAGGCAGCCAGAAGGCGGCCAGAAGAGGUGGGUGGGGACUCUCAAGGCGCUUGGCGGCGUAGGUGGGCACAGAAGGCUCCGGCCAGGACCGCGCAUUGUGUCUGCUUUACGAAGAAGCCACUCCAGCCCGGGGCCGCAACACGCUGGACGGCAGGCCACACUACGGCCACACACACGUGCUGUGCCUCCCUCUGGGCCCGCCCGCCCGUGGGGGCGGGUAGCGGGGUGAACAAGAGCCCGUGCUGUGCGGCUGCGGGGAGGGGCGCUGGGGAGCCCAGUUCACUUCCUGCGUGCGGGGUCAGGAGAAGACCCCGGACUGAGCCGCCGGCUUUGAUGUCCCCAUGCUGGGAGCUGAGUGACCGUGGGCAGCGAAGCGUCUUGCGCGAGGCGGCGGAGAGGCUCCCAGGAGACUCCUGGCUGGGCCUGGGAAUGGGCGUGGCCCAGUCUCAGCUCUGGAAUAUGUGUGGGCACAUUCAGAGGCUGUUCCAGGGAAGAGGGGACUUUGACGGUGUGUCAGGGAGGGUGUGUGAGGCCGCUGGCUGUUUCCUCUGGACCAGGGACAAAGGCCUAUGCAAAUCAUGGAGGAAACCACGAAGCCGAAGCCGGUGACUAAAGCCCUGGCGGGUGGGGCGGUUAGGCAGUGGCUUGCUUUCCUGUUUCUGGGUAGAAGGGGAGCCAGGGGCGGCCCCUGGUGGAUUCAGGGUGCCUCUGAGGGCCAGGAGGAGGUGGCAGAUGUGAUGCCAGUUGGCCGUGGGACCUUAGACAUAGGGCACAACCUCAAUUUUCCCAUCCAGAAAGUUCCAGCUCGCAGGUUGCGGUGAGAAUGAUGUGAAGCCUACCAUGCGGAGGCUCCUUGUAAACUGCAAAGCGUGAUGCCAGUGUAAACGCCGUCGGCGUCUCAGGAGGGCCCCAGCCUCCAGCUGGCAGGGCUGGCCAGCGCAAGCGUCCCCGUGGCCACUCCCCACGCCUGUGUCCGUGGCAGCACGCACCGCUGACCAACAUGGCGUCUUUUCCUGUCCCCCAGGAUCUACCUCGGGGUCCCUCUCAACACUGCUCUCUAGCUGGCCAGUCUCUUAAACUGGGUGAGUGAGUCAUCCCUCUCCAGAACCUGCAAGUUGGAGGCCCCAGAGACUGUUCCUGUUUGCAAGGAGGACCGGCGCAGCGGGGCCAUGCUGGGCGCAGUCCCUGCGGGAUCGUCAUCUCUGGGCUGUCACUUUGGGCAAAGAUAAAUUGUGAGAUUCACAGAAAGGGGCAAAGGCAAUCCAGUGUGGUCUCUCUACAACUUACACAGUUUGGAACCAGCCCAAGGUAGAGUGUAUGCAAAACAGGUGGCAGUUUAGAUUUAUUUCCAGGAACACUUCUGUGUUCUAACUAUAGUGCCUAAAGCUAUGAGCUCUGGUUUUUGAAGAGCUUUUAAGAAAUAUAUAUACACGUCUGUGUCAGACGGUCGGUAACAUGCCUCCUCUGGGCUUGCUAAAGCACGAAGACUCUGCGUAAUGCGGGAGAAACUCUGCCCCCACGAUGCCUUUCUCAGCACCAAAUUCAUUUUAUAGGAUGCUCUUGACUCAUUCUCCUUUCUCUUUCCUGCUCAGAUUUCUGAUAAAAAUAGAAGCACAGGGGAACAGAUAAUAAAAUAGGAAAUCCGCUUGUGGGCUCCGCAGAUACUUGCUGAGAGCCCGUUGCGUGCUUCUAGCUCAGAGGUUCUCAGUGUGGCUGUUCGCUGGAGUUACCUGGGCAGCUUGCAGCUAUGGCACAAGCCAGCGUCCCCCGCACCCAGAGAUUCUGAUGAAAUUAGUCCGGGAUCUGGCUCGGACCUCAGAAAUGCAGAAAGCUCCCCAGGUGCUUCUGCAGUGUAGCCAGGGUGGUGGAAGACCUCUGCCCUGGAAACACAGUGGAGGACAGGUGGAGCUGGGGGCAGAGGUGGCCGUGAGCUCUCAGCUAGCACGUGCCUAGCAGAGCUUUGCACUAGCUGUUUCAGACAGGCGGCUUCAGAGGCAGCUUGAAAAGGAACAGCCUGUUCUGUCAGGUCCCAGAAUGUAUAUUUAUUAAGUGCCAUUAAAAGGGACCUGAACAAAAUUGGAUGUCUUGAAGGCAUCAGGGAGGGAAAUGAAACAUACUUGGAACCAAGUCUAUCUCAUGAAGGGAAAAUAAAAACGUAUUCAGUAGCACAUGGGCUAUGGUUUCUCAUAGACCAGGGGAUAAGAUUAAAAGUCACCGAGGGGUGGGAAAAUGCAUAUUGAGAAGCUGGAGAGUGCUUGUUUUUCUCCAGGGGACUCUAUAAUGUGCCUUUUCCCCUCCAAAUGCCUAGAACCGUCAUACUGUGUCCUACUGAUUUCACUGUUGGGCUGCCACGUACUAAACUUGCUCAGAUAUUUGCCUGUGAGCUGAGCAAGACUUCCAGGAGUGGGAGACUGAUUCGCAAGGGUACCCCUUGCUUCCUGCAAUGGAGUGAGACCUCUUAAAUUCUUUGGGCCCCGACUCAGUUUUCAAUAGGAGGACAAGAUUACAGUAUCAAAAGAAAAACAAAUGAAUUCUGGCUCAGUGAGGAACUGAUGUGAACUGCUGGAAAUAAAGGAUUUCAAAGAUGUAAA